GUCAGAGAGAUGUGCAAACAAGCAGAACAGACAGCUCUCAGCAAAGAAGGAAAAUGGGGCUCCAUCGCAAAACGUGUCCAUUAGGUGGCAAUACUCCCAGUGUUCAAUCUGCCAUUAAAUCCCACCAGAAGAAGAACAGUUUCCGGAAAUACAAAAUAAGAUGUCUGUUUAGCGUUUGAAAUUGCAUUGGAAUUGAAUAAAAAAUGCCAGUGUGUUCAGCCUACAAGUGCAAGAAGCGUUCAGAUAGAGAGUAUAAAGAGGCAUACAACAGGGGCGAGUUUUCUUUUCACAAAUUCCCGCUAGCUGACGGCUUGAGAGUGAGAGAGUGGCUCCGUCGGAUGAGAUGGCAGAACUGGUGGCCAACUGGAAACUCAGUCCUGUGUUCGGAUCAUUUUGAGAAGGACUGCUUUGAACAAGUGGGCAGUCACAAACGACUGCGCAAAAAUGCUGUCCCGACUAUCUUUAAUUUCCCAAAACAUCUGCAGUGGAAGGUGCCAGCUGUCAAGAGACGAUCUCUGAAUCGUAAGCCAGUUGAAGUGCCUAUCAAACCAAAACCAACCGCAGUAUCGGCACCAGUAAUACCACGGCUUGAGGGGAAGUUUGUUCGUGUGCCUGUGGAUUCUGAUGGUUCCAGCCUUGGCCCCUUGCAUGCUGGCAGCUUCCAUGAUGACUACUGCAAACCACAGAGCUUUCACUGGAUGAAGCUUUCGGAGGGUGACGAUGAGGCUGAUGAUGAAGCUGAUGAUGAUGCUAGUGAUCCUGGAAAUGAUGUCGCCUAUGAUGACGCACCUCUUGAAACAGCUGAAAAUCCAAACACUCAGUUUAUCCGGGUGACAGAGAGAUGGCAAUGGCUGAGUAUAGAUGUAACCGGGCCUUUUCAAGAAAGCAAAGGCCCCUAUAGCCACAUCGUGGUCAUCUGUGAUUAUUACACCAAGUGGAUUGAAAUCUUUCCAUCAGAAAAGCCUAAUUCUGAUUCCAUUGCCCUGCUUAUGUGUGAUGCCAUUUCCCGAUACGGGUUUCCUCUGGGAUUUCUCACACCUUGGGGUGCUAGAGGGAUUCAGGUCAGAACGGUUAACAGAGCACUCAAUAAUAUUCUGAUGAUAAAGGACAUCUCCCUCGUCUCUCGGCAUCACCAGGCUUCGCAGCUUGAACCCCACACACAAUACCACAUUGUUAAUAUGGUGGAAAAUCUGGUAAAGAAGUAUCCAGAUAGUUGGCAUGUUCAUUUGCCUGUCAGCGUGCUGCGCUUCAACUGCAGUGUGCACCCAGAAACCAAACACAGACCUCUGUCACUCCAUCGCAGUGAGGGAACUAAACCUUAUACAACACCCAGGGAUCAGCCACUCAGUGAAGAUGACCUUGCAAAAUACACCUUCAAAAUCCAGAAACCAAACCCUUUAAAAGAAAUUGAGGCACUAAAACGAAUAUUCCGAGAAUCAACGGACUGCAUUGUCAUUUCAUAAAACAAAAAACAGUGUGCCUAUUGUAACCAGUGUGUGACUUCAAACUGAAGGUCCAGUGAGGAAGAGGUGCUGCUUGGCCGAAGGAUGAAAAAUAAUGAGCUGUUAAAGUCAGACUGAGAGAAACCCAGACUGAGAUCUUAUUUGUAAUUUUCAUAUUGAAAUUGUUGGCAGCAUUGUAAAUACAUACCAUUAAAGGUAUUAAAGAGAGUUGUACUAACUGUAAAAGAAAAUACUUGGAAAGGAGUGGGAAAAGACAUGGUUUUCUUUAGUCAUUUGUAGUAUUUGUAAAUAACCAAUUGAGCCAGCAAAAGAUAAUCUAAUGUUAAUAAAUCCACAAAUACUCCUGAGUUGCAGGCAAUCCUAAAGGAUAUUGUGGCAGCCUGAAAUUAAGUGUUUUUUUUUUUUCCGUUUCAAAUAAACCUUUUAUAAUGUUGCCUCAACAUCAAAGCCCUUACGAAAAUUAACCAUGGUUUUACUACAAAAAAAAAAAACAUGGUUACUAUAGAUAAACAAAGGUAACCACAAAUUAACCAUGGAUUUGCUACACUAGCCGUAGUUUAACCAUGAUAUUUGUUGUAAAACUCUGCUUACACAAAUGGUAAUAAGCCAAAAAAACAUGGUUACUACACUUUUACUAUAGUAAAACCAUGGUUAAUUUUCGUAAGGGAGUUUAUUCCAUCAAGGUCUUGCUCAGAAUAAACUCUUAUAC